AUGUCGUUCAUGCAACCCGUCAUGCCCUUUCUGCGUCCCUUGGGACCUCCGCGUCCGGCCACUGUCCGCCAAUUCCUGCGCUUCUCCACCUCCACCAUCCGAUCGGAUGUAUACACUCCUCCCACUGUGGAUCCCAACCUCGUCGCCUCGCGCUCCGCUUCUCCAUCAUACCCUCCUACAUCGCUCAAGUCGAUCCCGCGACCUCUCACAUCACACGCCUCACACCGUACCUCGCAACCAACAAAGAUCCGCAACUACCCAGAUCGUGUCUCGCAGAAGGACGCACCUGCGACUCUCGAGACUCCUACUCUUCCCGAGUCAGAAAUCGCUCCCAACCUUCCAUACUUUGUCACCAGGACACCUUCGAAUGAAUUGCCCAUCUACACUUUGAGGAAACGCGGAGGCAACAUGCGAUUGACCCGUGUCAAGAAGAUCGACGGCAACAUCGAUGUCCUGCGCGAUGCGCUCCAGAUGGAGCUGGGUGUACCAGACGCCGAGUGUGUUAUCAACAGACUUACCAACCAUGUCAUGAUUAAAGGUUGGCACAAGCCGCGGAUAGAGGCUUUCCUCAAGGCUCGCAACUUCUAG